AUGAGCAAACCUUCCGAUAAUGAGAUUGCAAAACACGAAUUCACCAAGCUACAGGCGCACUUGUACCAAAGUGUCCACAACAGUCUGACUUACUUGGAUGCACUCAAGCACAGUCUUGGUGAAUACGACCAUAAACAUCACCUGCACCAUUCAACCUCUGCAACGUCGUUCUUUAGUGAUGGUCUCGACCACGCCAAGGAUGCUAUCAAGGAACUGAAGCGUGCAGCUGACCAUGCUCAUACAAAUGUUGGUGUAGCCGACGUCAAGAGGGCUAUGGAGCAGGCGUUCAAUGCACUGUCCGACCUGCAUAAGGUGGCAAACGCUUACGAUACAGAGCAUUCGACGUCCAACAAACACAAUGGUAAAAAUCCUACGACCUCGGAAACGGUAAAGUGGCUUGUGAGCACCACCCGUGAUGCCAAUUUUACUGGCUUUGCACCGCUCCAAAAGCAGAUUAUUGAAGUCCAGAUGACUAUCGGAGAUAUUGAAAAACCAUCGAUCAAGACACGGGCGAAAGAAGCCGUACACAACAUGACCAGCAAGCUGGAAAAGAUAAGAGCUGAACUAUAA